GUCACUAGAUGGCGCUCAAAAUGUAUUCUAUGGCGGUGGGCAACAUUAUAAUCUGUAGUUAUAUAUAAUCUUUAGUUUUUUAUGUGUUUUUAGUGAUUUUAAAAAGAUUUUUUUUUAUUUUUGUGAUUUCCGUUAUUUCCUAAACGUGUUUGUGUGGUUAAAACAAAAAGUAGUGUUUAAAAAUCUGUCUAAAAAUGACGAAAAUAACCCUUUUUAACAUUGUGAAAUUAGUUGGCACCAGAAGUACACUACUAAAAGAAAGUGAAGCUGUUUUUAAAGCGGGACAUAUAAAAGUUUGUAUAUAAAAGCGUCAGGUCUAAUUUCCCAGCCACGUGAGUUAAAAAUUAAUCUGAAUGAUGUGGUAGUAUAUACACUACAAUUUUUACCACUAUUUUAUCGUUUUCGAAGUGUACCUUGGUGAUGUGUGGUUGUUUUUAUCUUAGAAAAUCACCUUUAACUUUAGUAAAAUUUCACUUCUAUUGUUAUAAAACAACAAAAUUGAUUUAUAUUGUUGCUUUGUUUCCCACCUCUAUUAAAGUUUGUCGCGAAUAUACAAUGAAAAAAUUGAUGCACGUCACGGAACGGGUCGACGAGGUCACAUUUAAACAGCGUUGCCAAACUUUAGAAGUAAUAUGGAGAUUAAGCUUACGAAAUUACAAGAUAAACUAGAACAGUUAGAAUCGAAUCAAAAUCGAAAUGAAGUUAUAUUACGUACCGAAAAAAAUAUUAUAGAAGAUAAAGAUUUGGUUAUUUUAUAUAAUCGUGUACCUAAGACCGGUUCUACAAGCUUCGUAGGUGUAGCUUACGAUUUGUGUAAAAAAAAUAAAUUUCAUGUUUUGCAUGUGAAUAUUAGUGCUAAUAGUCAUACCGUAACGUUAGAAAAUCAAAUCAAGUUUAUUCACAAUGUAACUAAUUGGAGGAGUAUAAAACCUGCAUUGUAUCAUGGACAUUUCGCGUUUUUUGAUUUUUCCAAAUUUGGUGCGUCUAAACCUUUGUUUAUAAAUCUGAUUCGUAAACCAUUAGAUAGGUUUAUUUCGUAUUAUUAUUUUGUAAGAUAUGGGGAUAAUUAUAGGCCAUAUUUAAUAAGGAAAAAACAUGGAAACACCAUGACUUUUGAGGAGUGUGUAAAUAAGCAACUACCCGAAUGUGAUCCUAACAAUAUGUGGUUGCAAAUCCCGUUUUUUUGUGGACACGCCGCCAAUUGUUGGAAACCUGGGAACAAAUGGGCUUUGAAUGAGGCCAAAAAGAAUCUAAUCAACAAUUAUUUUCUAGUAGGACUAACGGAACAACUUGAAGAAUUCAUACAACUACUUGAAUUAUCUCUUCCGAGAUUUUUUAAGGGUGCUACUGACCAUUUCCAGCAUAGCAAUAGAUCUCAUUUGAGGCAAACUGUUCAAAAAGAUCUACCGUCGGAAGAAACUCUGGAAAAAAUCAAAACUAGCACCGUUUGGCAAAUGGAAAACGAAUUUUAUGAUUUCGCUCUAGACCAAUUCAAUUUUGUUAAAAAAUUUAUUAUGAAAAAUAAAGGGCAAGUUGUGAUGUACGAAAAAAUCAGACCCAAGGUGUAAAAUCUCAAAUUUAUGCCAAACAUAUAUUUUAUAUACCUGUAAUAUAUGAACUUAUUUUCGAUUGCAAUUUCAUUUCAAAAUCAAAAUAAAAUGUCUUAAUACUAA